AUGGAUUCUAAAUUUACUCUCAGAAUAAAAGACCCUUAGAUUAGACUACAGUACUAGAUUGAAAGAGACUUGGAUAUAAGAUUCAUGUGCAAGGUGACAUACUUUAUUAGAAUAUUCUUCGCUAUGCAAUAACAUAUAAAUGGCCUUUAACAUUCUGCAAGUAUCAAAGUAUUGUCAUUGUUCCGCUAUUCAUUUGCUAAUUACUCAUCAUAAACUAACGAUCUAGUCAAUAAGAAAUCAUCGGCAAUAUAAGUUCUCUAGUUCUGCACAUUAUUCAAGGUUUGCUAUUUAGCUAUAACUGGUUGCAUUGCUACUGGUACUUUACUUCUCAUUUAUACCUGCUACUUCCAUGAACUCAGACUUAAGUAGAGCUUUAUUUAGCUUCGUUAGAUUUAAUUAAUGAAUGAAGAUAUGAGAAAGCUGUUAGACAAUCUUCCCGAGGGUAUCGUACUCUUUGAUCCAGAAACUAAAAAGAUUACCUUGGUAAAUUAAGAGUACAAAAGACUUUUUAGUUUAUCUGGAGAUGAAUAUAAUAAUGAUCCUAAUCUUCUUCUGACUAAGUAUUCGUUGACUGAUAAGAAGGAUCAAUUUAAAAUCAUGGAGAAAAUGAAAAUUAUUGCUUUCAAAUAAUCAAUUAAAAGAGUGAUGAAGAUUACCAGCUUUUCUAACCUGAUGAACCUUAGGGUAGUAGUAGUAACCAAAUAGUUAGUCUUAGCUAUAAAAUAUGAGAAACUCAAAAUUGAAAACCAUUUUUAUGAAAUGCUUACGGCUACAGUUUCUCAUGAUAUGAGAACUCCUCUCAACAUUAUUGGAGGGUUGCUUAAUAAUCUAGAUGAAUUUAUAACUAAAGAAACUGGGAAAAGAUUUUUAAGGAUAAUAAAGAAUUCUUCUAAAUUCAUGUGUUUCCUGGUCAAUGAUCUUCUUGAUUUGUUCCAAAUAAAAAAUGGAAAGUUCAACAAGAAUUUAGCAUGGGUAGAUUUAAAAUCAUCAAUCUUGGAAUUGAUAGAUAUAUUCAGCAUCGGCUCUAACGAAAAAGGGAUCUAAGUCAUUUGUGAAUUUGAUUCUAAUUUUCCUCAAGAACUUUAUCUCGAUGAUCAAAGAAUCAAGCAGGUGCUACUUAAUCUCCUCUAGAAUUCAUUAAAAUUUACCUAUGAGGGAUAAAUCAAAGUUGAAGCAAAAUACGAUUAUAGAUAAAGCAAAUUAGAGAUAAGUGUAUCUGAUACUGGUAUCGGUAUAAAGCCAGAGGAUAGAAAUAAGCUAUUCACUUUAUUUGGAAAAUUAGAAGCAACAGCUGAAAUUAAUACCAGUGGGGUAGGUCUUGGCUUAAGUAUAUGUAAAAAAAUAAUAUCAAUGUUUGAGGGUUAAAUAAUUUUGGACAAGGAUUAUAGCUAAGGGUGUCGGUUUAUCUUCUCUAUUGAGGCUCCAACUACUUAAAAAUAAAAAAAGCAAAUUAAAAACGAUUAAAUUCAAUAAGACAGUUUAUUCUAAAGUAACCUAAAGCUCCGCUACUUGAAUACUGAAAUCGAGGAAAGAAAUAUCUCCUUACAUCAAGGAAAUUUAGAAUUUCAGUCAUUAAUUACAUAGUCUAUCUACCUUGAGGAUAUAAAAGUGCCAAUUUCUGAUGAACCGAUAUUUAUGACAGAUCAAAUGAGAGGUCAAUGCUCUUGUGAAAGGUUAUGCGACAUUUUGAUAGUGGAUGAUAACGUUUUUAAUCUUGUAACUCUGGAAGCCAUACUUGAGCUUUAAUUCAAACUGAAAGUCGAUAAGGCUAGUAAUGGCAUUGAAGCUGUUCAAAAAGUCAAGUAGAGGUUAGCCAUGAGAAAUAAUCUAAUAUAGUGCUGUUAAAGGCAAAAGUGUUUAAGGUAUAAAUUGAUAUUUAUGGAUUGCAAUAUGCCGCUAAUGGAUGGAUUUUAAGCCACUUAAUAAAUUAGGUUGUUAGAGAGUGAAUACGAUUAAAAUCUUAGAAGUUACAUAGCAGCAUUAACUGCAUACUCAACUGAAGGCUUUUAAAAGAAAUGCUUUGCCGCUAGCAUGGAUUGCUAUAUAACAAAGCCGGUUAGUGUUGAAUAGCUAAGCAUCAUAUUGAAGGAAAUAUUAGGAUUAUGA